AGUAUACGAUCACAAACUAGGAAAAAAAGUUUCUAGUUGUGGAUCAUGACGAAGAAAGAAGAGGGUGCAUGGAAUCUUGAGCCUCUUUGGGGAUACUUCUCGGAGUGCUAAACCAAGAUUUAGGACUUGUUUGAGUGUAGCAAACUAGUGCCCUCCAGAUGUUUUGGAUUUCACCUCCCUUCAACCUUACCUGUCCUGCCCAGUAGUAAGAGAUUAUGGGAACAGUAAUCCAGAAUAUUUGGAGAGGAGAAAGUUGUCUCCUCCUGGUCCCAGUGCAUAUUGUAUGUUACAAUGGAACUGGGUUUACACGUCAUGCUAAGCCAGGGUGUGGUUUGUUGGUUUUGGGCAUAGCAUAACAUACGAACACUGCCUUAGGGUUUGUAAACUCCAGGGCCUAUGCGGGUGAAGCCCCUCGGAGACAUUUCCCCGCUGCUUCUGAAACCUAAGCUCAAAUUUUGACGCUUUCCCUGCGUUCAAGCUGGGCUUUGACCAAGGCCGCACCUACACGGGAGAUGUUGUUAAGGAGAACAGCAGGAACUUAGACCCCCGGUUGCAAUCGGAAGGCCGCGUUCGCUUACGAUUUCCGAGUCCGACCAGCUGUCAUUGCCUGUGUUUCAUUUGCAGGCUCCUUGAAGCAUGACCUUUCACUGACCAUCUCCGCAAGGAAGCGCAACUUCCCCACCUGUAACCCAUGUGCAUUCUUUUCUUUAAGUUUGACCCGCGACCCGUUUCCAAAAAUGCCUACAGGCUUAUCCUAGCAGCUAACAGGGAUGAAUAUUACCACAGACCCUCCAAAUCCGCUGACUUUUGGGACAGUAGCGGUGAGAUCCUCAGUGGCUUGGACAUGGAAGAAGGGAAAGAAGGCGGGACUUGGCUUGGAAUCAGCAAAAAAGGCAAGAUGGCCACCUUGACCAAUUACAUGCAGCCGCAGAUAAACAAGAAUGCAAGAGGAAGAGGUGCUCUGGUGACCAAUUUCUUGACGUCAGAUGUGGAUAGUUACUCUUACCUGAAGAAAGUUGCCGCGGAAGGACAUCUUUACAAUGGGUUCAAUUUAAUAGCAGCCGAUCUGAGCACCACUAAGGGAGAUGUAAUUUACUAUUACGGAAACAAAGGAGACCCAGAACCUGUCUUCCUAAAUCCCGGGGUAUACGGCUUGAGCAAUUCUUUGUUGGAUACACCAUGGAAGAAGCUCCAGUAUGGAAAGCAGCUUUUUACAGAUGUCAUCAAGCACAGUCAGAACCUCAAGAAGGAAGAUCUGGUGCAGGAGCUCAUUAAAAUGAUGAAUAACCAGGACCCUCAGCUGCCAGACCCUGCAAUGGAGGAUCAGGGAAAGGAUUACGUCCUCCCAUUCCUAAACAAGUACGCAGCUCUCUGCGUUCGUUGCCCAGAUUACGGAACCAGAGCGAACACAGUCAUUCUCAUCGAUGGGGAAGGACACGUCACGUUCACCGAACGCACCAUGCUGAAUGCUGAUAUUGACCAGUGGAAGACCAGCACUUACCAAUUUAAGCUGCAGAUAUAACUGUUUUCCUUCCGAACGAAUUGGAAAGAUAAAGUAAAGGGAAGAAAAUGAACUGCUGAACUGUCAGGGCUGGGGGAAGAAUCCAGUAAGCAUCUAAACAGAGCAGAUACUUUUUAACAUUGCCUAGAACACUGUAGCAUUUGUGGGGGGAAACCCCAAACAAAACUUUUUUUUUUUUUGGCAGAAAACCCAGAACAGAGCAAUUUGAAUAGGAAAGCAAGCCCUAUCUAAAAAACAGGCUCUCUUUUGCACAAAGGGAUCUGUUGUUGAUCUUGGGGGGUGGGGGGGGGGAAAUUGCAUACCUGCUUAAGCAAAAAUCUCCAAUGAUUUAACUUGUUAAUGAGAAAUGCAGAGAGCUUUGGUUAAUCAUGUAUGGUACACUUCUGUUUUUCCGACCUUCCUUUGACCGAGGAAAGCAAAAUGAUGAAAUCAUAGGGCAAAUCUUUAAAAAAAAAAAAGAAGUCAUAAUUCAGUAUUGGUGAUGCUGUGCUACCUUUUAAUAGAGCAGCAUUAGCUGCUUGUAAGCUUUUGUGAUUGUAUCGAAUUUGUGGGGUGUUUUUUUUUGCAGAAGGGCCUGUAAGAAUAGGAAGAAUUCUGUGGGCUCCCAGUUAUUGGGCCUAUGGAGAAUCCUUAAAAUCAGAGGAUUAUUUCUGCCUUCCUUUGAUGGCAACAUAACAAAACCUGGUGUGAAGCACGACUGUCUUUUAAUUAGUACUGCCUCUUUAAAACUGCUGAAAAGAAUUGAUCAACGAUCCAUCUUGAUCUCAACUCGUUGGUCAAGAAUCUUGUUUGCUCAGAAUUCCUUGGGGUUUCUUUUAAGACUUCCUUUAGAGAUCAAGCAGUGUCCUUUCUGGAUUCUAAGGCAGGAAAAGGGGGGGAAACAUGUAAAGGGGUAUGGCUGGAAAUCUCUGAUUCCCAUUUUAGUGAAACAAAACUUUGCUGUUUUGGGGGUGUGAAUAUGUGUAGAUUUUGGUGUGGCAACCUGGGCACUUAGCUAUGGAAACUGCAGCCGUGUCAUUCUUGUGCCCUUUGGGAGGCUGAUGGUAACGCUUGUCUCUUUUUCAGACUAAAUUCUCGCUUGAGUGAUAUGAUGCCCCAAAAGGAACUUUAGGUUCUGGUUUUAUGUCCACCUACCUGGGAAUAAAUCUUGUUGAAGUCAAUCAGGCUUCCUUCCAAGUAGCUAUGUACAUGAUUGCAUUGUUCUUUUCUUCAACGCAAGGGUCACAAUUCAUAAUUGUACCCACCAGAAGCCACUUUGUCCUCUAGACAACUAGAGAAUCAAGCACGGCUCAGUCGCUUUAAUUGCACACAUUUUAGGCUGCAGACCCAGGGCCCGUUUUCUCUGAAGUCAGUCUUGUUGAUCUCAGGAGGACUUCUGAACCAAUACGUUCAAGGUUACACCGUUAGUUUUGCAUCUCGAAUGAGGCUGUACCCAGCCGUGCAGCAAGAGUGCCCGAAAAGCUGGCGAGCGAGGCGGCUCGUGCGGAAAAUGAACACACCAUGGUGAGAUUAUGCAGCAGCAUUGCCAAUUUAACUUGAGAAUGUACUGCCUGUGGUUUAAUAUGCUCCCUUGCAGCUGUGGAGAGCUUAAAGUAAUUCCUUGAAUGUUAGAUUGCUUCCCAGUUGUCAGCCCGCAGCCUGGAGGAGGCGCUUGAGUCAAGAAACAUUAAAAUCCAAGCCAAUUUUUCUCCAGUUAAGCCCCAUGGGUGAGGCAGGUUACUUAAAAAUGGAUUGCCAGAGCUUUAUUCCCCUGUCUGCUCUGCUCUCUCUCACGCAGUAUAUUCUUUCCACGUUAGCAUUCCACAAAUUGCUGAAACCACCGAGGUUUUUGCCUUCCUUUACGGUUCUUGAAGAUUUAAUCAGGGGCUUAGCUUCUGUCUUCGGGGCUCUGGUAGCACCCGGGGAAAAGGGUUCUCAUAGUAUAAUAUGAUGGGAAAUUAGGAUUAAGGUGGCAGCCUACCAGGCAUGGCAGCCCUCCAAUUUCAAAGCACAUUAGAAUAUUCAGGGGCCAAAUUCUGUUUUACGACUGUGUAGAAAAUGGCUGUAAAUCGAAAGGAUGGCCGUGAGUUCAAGAAAAAUGGUAAUUGUGAGGUAGGCCCCCAUAUUAGAUUUGCCACAGAAAGUUUUGGUGAUGUACCAGUGCUUGCUGUAAUAGCCACAUCGAGCAGGAGCCUUGGAUACAGAUGUGAAUGUCCUUAACCUCCCCCAAGUGUACAUCCUUUAAUAUGAGACUGUCCCCUCUUAGAGUUGUAUAGGUGUCACUUAAAAGAGCCCUCCAUUUUUCAGUGAUGGGCUCCACAUCGCAGGCUUACUUUGAGAAGUUCAUCCAUUCUCGGUUCUUAUCAGUAGAAUCCCCAGCUAGGAAAUGAUUGAUUGAGGAUGGACUCUCAAGAAAAUAAGCAUCACUUGAGACUGGAUUUGAAUCGUUGGGCUGUUUGGUUCCCCACAUUGCCCUUCACGAGAAGAAGGGCAGAUGUGAAGAUUUUCAUCUUGGCAACCCGUGAAGUUGUAGAAAAUUAGCCGUUCUACCUGAUCAAGUCAUCGUUUUCCUGUUAGGGUAUUUCCCUCUCUCUAUAUAUAAAAGGAAUGUCCCAUGUAAUGAAUUACCGGUGGUCUUUCUGAAUAUUUUUAAUUGUUUGGAAUGCCGUAUGCCCUUGCCAGCAUGGGAUAAAAGCAUUGCAGUUGGCUUUUAGUAACCUGAUGUCAUUACCUUUUUCGUGCUUCCCACGUUUAGCUUUAAGUGACAACUUGUAUGUUGGUACAACAUGAGCUUGUUUGAUCAAUUGUUUUAAAAUGUAUAAUUUAUAUAUCUAAAAUACUGCCAAAGAAUUCUUCAUGCAGCUCAGAUGUGAUGUUCCUUUUAAAUUAUUAAAGAAUUGAGCCUCAGGCACACACUCCAGAUGAAAACGAAAGAGGUCGUAAUAGCAUCACAGAUACAGGCAAGGGAAAAGCAAUAUCAUCGGGGAGGGGGGUCUCUCUCUCUUUUUUUUAGUGUAGUGAGGACAGGUGAAAGAGCAAAACUGAAACUGGAAAAAUGAAAAAAGCAUAUACAAUCAUGCAUGGUUGAGAUUUGAUCCUCCUUUCCUUGUAAGCCUUUAAAACAACUUUGAUACUGUAAAUUAUUAUCUCUUGAGACAAACAUGUCUUACAAAAAACACACAGGUCUGAAUAUAACAUACAACCAUCAUCGUCUCUAAGUCUUCAGUGUUAACAUGUCUUUGACUCACCCUGCUUUAAAUUCUUGAAAAGCAGAGAGCCAACGAGCCACGAUAGCCAACACACCCUUUCCCAGCUGGAUACUGUUCAGAUGUUUUGGAAUGAUGAUAAACUUCACUGGCCCACUUGAACUGGGAAAUUAGAGACACUUAAAUCAUGCCUUAAAUUAAAAUCACACUGAAGUUCUAAAUAUCUGCCUUCCAUAACUGAGGAGGAGAAAUCACUGAUUGAAUGGGUUGCUUAAUUAAUUCUUUCUUGCCCCCCUCUCCAUCAAAAUAUUUUUGCUGCUAUUACUAAGGAAUGUUCCAGAUAUUCUCUUUUUGAUUCUGAACAUAUAGGUAAGGAAGCAGUGAGAAGCCAAAUACAAGCACAACUCGUCUGAUUUAUUAGAUACUUGCAGUUGAGCACACACAUGAUAGUAAAGCUCUUUGCCUAAAUCUAAGGCUGGCUUUCAGUUGAUGGUUUUUGAAAAACAAGCCAUCUUUCAACAUUUGCUGGCCACUUCCAUGUAUAUUAUUUAAGAACUAGUGGGAAAAUGGCUGGGUUCUUACAUCAGCUAAGUCAUAGUUUGUGUAAGCAUGAUUUGUUGAAUAAACCAUAGAGGGAAUCACAUGCUUUUCUAAGCCAUAAACUCUGGUUUACAAGCCAGAAUGGCUGAGUGCACCCAAUGUGCUAAGUAAAACCAGACAAUGAUUAGUGUGAUGGGUGAAUCUGAUCUGCCAUCUAACCUAGCAUUAACGGUAAGUGGGAAGCUGUUGAGACCCAAACCAUGGCUUGACCCAAAAGGAUGUAACUGUAUACCAUUCCAAAGCAUGGGUUGUAAAUAAAAGUCUCGAUGCUACCUCACAUUCAGAAACCCAGCCAAAUAAAAUCUGUGCUUUAUGUUCAAAUGCUUCAAUUCUAAGCCAGCCUUCACGAGAACUAGUUCUUGAAGGCAACAGAGGGUUUUUACAUGAGGGACAAUUCAGAUGUUUUAGGGGACACCACCAAAACCCGCCAUCUGAUAUGGUUCACUCAAGCACAAACCACAGGUCGGAGUUGCGUUGCGUGAUGUAAUCUGAUGGGUCUUCAGUGCCAAUUGCAAUUUGUUUAGGGGCAUUGAAAAUGGCACGCCCGGAAAUUGUAGCAGGGAAAAAUGUUUGCAAUUAUUUUUGUACUGUAUUUAAAAACUGAAGCAGACUUCGGGGUGCCCGUUAGCGUGGCUUUUGGGGAACUUGCUAAAAGGAUAGUUUGGCCCUUGUACACUGAAAUUAAGGAGUUGCUUUGGGUCACUGAAAUAUGACUUUUUUAAAAAAAUUCCAUUCUCUUUUAAAGCUUGUUUUAUAUCGUCACGUACACCUGUGUGCAAACGCGAUCGAUAAAUAAACUAAUUGAUACUU